UGAGAAGGAUUUAAAUUUUUGCUGGUUAAGGAAAGCUAGAACAGUAAGUGUAACUGUUCCUGUCAGCAAAGAGAGCUGAAUUUGCUGAUCUGCUCUAAACUCAUUUUGAUGUUCAAACUAUGCAGCUGUGCAACUUGUUUUGUCCUGUAUUCAACUCUCUUACCUGGUUUUCAUUUGUUUUUUUUUUUUUUUAAUCUAUCAUUUUUUAUUCCCAUGAUGCUCUUGAGCAGCUCAAGGACUUUUUCUCAAGCUCAAGAAGUUACUGAGAGACUGAACUGCACAGGCCACCUCCUUCCAAUCCUGCCCUUCUGCUCCUGACUAAAUAAGUGUGUUGCUCAGCUGUGGGCCUUCUUCAUCAAGGGGUGUAACUGCUGAUGUGCACUGAAGGAGCUCUUCUUCUCAGUGUGUGAAAUCAUCUCUCUGUAAGUACAGUUUAUGUAGUUCAUCAGUUCAAGGAGCCAUAUUCUGGAAUGGAGAUGCCGAGAUCAGUGGAGACGCGAUUUUGUUUGAAGCACCAUCCCUAAAGGUGCUUGGAGCAAGAAGUUCAAACAGAAAUAUUCACUUAGUGUGGUAUCUUCUGAAGCUUGGCCAUAGAAUCUUGUGGAAUUUUCAGGAAAAAAAGCAUUACAGUUAAACUUCAGUUAGCAAUUACUUCAAGUAAUCUCAUUUAUUUCAGUCUAAUCCUGGUGGUUAUAGCUUGAAAUCCAAGCCUAGGCAAGAUCCAGUUCACCAAAUUGCAUAUCAAAUGUAAACACUACAUCUGUCUUUGGGAUUUACUGGGUAACCAUUGUUAUACAGUGUUCCCAGGUGUCUUUCUGAUGUGCCAGGCAAGUAAAUGGUAGCUACUGAAGUACAUUGCUAUGGUAUGUUUUUGAUUUGUUUUUUCCCUGUGAAGCCACAGGGACAAGAAUGUCUGGUGUCUAAAGUAAACAUAAAGGUGAGGCUUUUACUUCCUUCUUUUUUUUUUUUUUUUCUCCUGGCAGUAAUUGAUUAAAAACCAAAUCCUUUUUGGCUACUGAAAAGCCACACUGUUAAGACUUUCAGGCAAACAGCAAAACCAUUUUUGUUCCAAGGCAAAUGGAAAAAGAAAUGAUUUUGAAUCAGAUGUUGAGAGGAAUUUGUGGAGAGUUAAUAUACUUUCUGUGCUGUUACUGGGCAUUGUUUUUGCAUGCAGUAAGCUGUCUUGCACUGUUAAGGUGAAAGUACUGUUAAUGUACAUAGUACUGGGGUUUGACUGUGUAAUGCAAUUUUAUUUCCUAGCACAGGGUUUAUAUAAUCUAUGUGUAGUUAAGACCAUUGAGAAUUUAUCUCUCUAAGGCAAGGAGGACUAGUGUUUUACUAAGAAUUAAUUUUGUUGGGCACAGCUGUCAUUAGUGGCUUCUGCCCACUGUCUGACAAAUGCUGUAGCAUUUUCUUCAAAAGCUAAUAAUGUUUCCUUCCACAACCAAAAUAGCAGAUCAAGGAAGAUACCGAGUAUCUCCUUAAUUUUAUCAUGUACUAGGGCUUGGCAGUUGUUGUCUCUUGGUUGUUGGGUUUUUUUCCUCUUAAUUAGAGUGAGAUUUCCUCAUGAAUAAUGAAAUUAAUGUCUUUUGCAGCCAAAAUAAACACCAUAUGGUCAGGGAGAAAGGGACCAGGAAAAGAGGAAGGCGCAGCAGCUGAAGCUGAUAGGAGACAAAAUGGACUGAAUGAGGGGCCAGCCUGGAGGUGAGAUCAGGUCCUGCAGCCAUCUGGCAGGCUUCCUGCUCGGGAAGGGGCACGGUGAGAUGGAGCUGAGGCCACGCACUGACUGCAGAAUCAGGAAAACCAAAUCACUUCUACCGAGGGAGAAAGUGAAAUCACACUUCUGCCCGCACUGCCCAGGCUGUGUGUAUGGUCGUGACUCAGUUAUGACAACUCAGGCACACAGACAGCAGUGGGGCAACUGGCUGUUAUCUGGUGCUAUCAACACGUGGAAAAGUAGCUGUAAAGAGUAUGAAAAUAUGGAAAUGUUAUUUCCAAGUGCAGAGAGUCUGCUGGGGAAGAGAGAGAGGAGGAGGAGGAGGACAAUGUUCCUUCUGAAAUAUGUGCCUGAUUCAACAAGGUCGUCAUGGCUAGGCUUCACCAAGGAAGAUUUGGGAAGGCUCUAUCCACAUUUGUUACAGGAUUCAACAAGGUACCUAAAUGUAAAUAACUACUGUUGAUUUCAACAAAGAUAGCAAAGGGCAGCAUCAGGUUACAUGUCACCAUAGGAUUACACUGUGUACAGUUUCUUCAGCGACCUGAAGUAUUUCUAUAACUAAAAUUUCCAUCAAAAGUAAAUGCUUUAAAAUAAAUAGACUUAACUUCCUUAGUAUGUGCAAACUCAAAAGUUCAUUGUUAACCACUGAAAAAUGCAAAAGGCCAAAGAAAGGUGGAAAUAUCUCUGCUGUUAAAAAAAAAAAAAAUCAGCCCUAAUUACUUGUCCCUGAAAUUAUGAUGGCUAUGGCAUAUAGAUGAACUUUGGAGAGCAACUAGUGUAAUCCCAUAAGGUCCAGAAAGGGAGGUCAUAAAAUUAAGUUCUGUUUGGUGAUACCUGUCUUCAUGUGAUCCCUGAGGCAAUGUUUGUUAGGAAUAUCAUUUCCUUUAACAGCUUUUCUCCCCCAUCCUCAGGGGCUCAUACUGUUCCAGCAAGGAAAUCCUGGGGGCUUUCAGAGCAGUAGCAGCAGAGCUGGUGAUACAUUCUGAAUAACAUGGACUAGAAGCUGCUCUUUCUUCGUGGGUUCUGUAUCUGGAUUUUGUCAAUAUUCACUUUCUGCACCCAUUUCAUGAUAACACCAUUGAUUUAUUCAUUAAAUCAUAAGUGUCAAAAGAACUGAAUUGUGCAUCAGAACUUUCCCAUUAGCUGGUGAGUUUUGCCAUUUAUCUUCCAUUUUCUGUCUCCAUAAAAUAGAAACUACUUGUCCAAAACUGUCCCCCCUCCCUAAAUUGCCACUGAAUUUGCAGCUAGGACAUUUUUAUAUGUCUUAAAAUGUUUAUAAUUUUAUCUUCUAGCCAAUUUUAGGUAAAACUGUGGCUUUUUUCAUCUUGAGUGAAUGAAUAUUAAUAUCUGCUAGAAACCAUUCCCAUUGUUAAAUUAAAUGAGAGCAAUACAGAAGUUAUCUGAGUUUUUGUCAUGGUGAAUAACUCCAAAUAACUCAGAGCUUCCCAUGAGUUCUGGAGGGGACUAACAAGUGUCUGCUCAUGUAAGUGUAGAACAUGCUCAGUUUUUUUGAGACUCCUUAGCUCUGAAUGCUGAGAAAUUGGGAUAAUUAAGUGCAGCAAAAAACCAAGUCUCUGUUCUAAUCAAGACUUACUUGGAUUUUUCAGUUUUUCCCAUUCCCCAGUUGAAAUUUCCUGUGUCUUGUAACCAUUUAGCAAUAUGUUACUAACCAUCCAUUAUGUCCUGCUUUAUUCUCUUUUAGAUGAAAGAGCCAUGUAAAAAAAAGAAUUCACCAGCCCCUGUGACUGAAUUUGAGCGAUAAUGUCAAUGGAAUUAACACAUUGCCAUUGUUGAAUGGUCUCCUGUGGCUAUAUAAACAUCAAGCACUUUUAAGGGCCUAAUUCCAUUUCUGAAGAGGACCUUUUGAAAAAACUGGGGCAGAACUACCUUCAGGAAACCCAGGAUUCUUCAACAACCUCUGCAAACAGAAACAGACUGAGGCUUGAAUACCUCUCAUACGUUGCUGAGUGAAAUGUUGAUUCGUUGUCACUGUCUCACCUAAUGCAAGAGAGAAAUAACUGAUGGGGAUGUGGCACAGAAGUGGUUUGGAAUUAUUUGGGUCACAGAACCAUGGAGAGUGGCUGCACUGCAAAAGCCAGAGCUGGUCAGUAGGAGAUGCAGGCAGCUCCUUUAUGGCUCCCGGUGGAGACCAGUGAGUUCAGGCAGGGCUGCUGCGUCCCCGGAGCGAGAGGAAGGAGCCUUCCCAGUGCAGGGGAGGGAAGGCAGCGUUUGCACUGUCCUUUCCCGUGUUGUGGUGCAGAGCUCUCCUUGCUGCUGCAAGUCCUUUCACCCAAGCCAUUGCUGCAGAUCCUUCCUCUCUUUGUCCCUUUGGACAUCAAAGGAUCGCAAGGGGACAGCCCUGGCGGGAAGCUCCUCCCUGCUCAUUAGCCUCCAUAAAACAGGAACUCACCUUGGCUAGCUGUGCUCGGGGUCCCAUCCUCAUCCCGCUCACUCUUGACACUGGAUCUCAGAAGGAAGGGCUUGUGCUUGCUUCAGGAAAUCAGACCUGCUUUUGAACUGGACUAUUUUGGUUCCCCUUGCAAGAACUCUGGUGACUCUCUUGGCCGUGCAAGCUCCUAGACGUCACAGUACAUGGAAAAAUGCAAGCUUUACCAGACUUGAAAGCGCCAUGUGAGGCCCUUCCUUCCCCCAGCCUGGAGCCCUGUGCACAGAGCUCCAUUGUGGUCACCCUCGAGGACAAGGGUCUCUGGAUGAAGUUUCAUCAGAUUGGAACCGAGAUGAUCAUCACCAAAUCCGGCAGACGAAUGUUUCCACAAUGCAAAAUCAAAGUCUCUGGCUUAAUCCCGUAUGCCAAGUACCUCAUGCUGGUAGAUUUUGUGCCAAUGGACAACUUCAGGUACAAGUGGAAUAAAGAUCAGUGGGAAGUUGCUGGGAAAGCAGAGCCCCAGCUCCCUUGUCGCACGUACGUUCACCCAGAUUCCCCAGCUCCUGGCAGCCACUGGAUGAAAGAACCUGUCUCCUUCCAAAAACUGAAGCUCACCAACAACACUCUGGAUCAACAUGGACAUAUCAUCCUGCACUCCAUGCACCGUUACAAGCCGCGCUUCCACAUUGUGCAGGCAGACGACCUCUUCAGUGUCCGCUGGAGCAUCUUCCAGGUCUUCAGCUUCCCUGAGACUGUCUUCACUUCUGUCACUGCCUACCAGAACGAGCAGAUUACAAAGCUCAAGAUUGACAACAAUCCAUUUGCUAAAGGUUUCCGUGAACAUGGGAAGAACACUCGAAGGGAAGGACGAGCCAAAUGCCAGAAGCCCAGUCCAGCCAAGAGUCAGAAGAGGAAGCUGCCUGAGGAAAAGGAGCAUGAUGCCGAGGAACGUGAUUUUGAGAAGGAUGAGAAUGUAGAUGUGAAGGAAGAGAGUAACCCCGUGGUGGUCAGCAGUGGAUAUCCCUUCUGGGGCUCGGAGCAGAAUGGCAGCCAGGCCUUCCCUGCGGCAUCGCCGGUGCCUGCGGAGCAGAGGGAGGGUCUGGCCAGGGAGCAGCAAGUGCCAACACCGUCCUACCAGACAUAUCGGUUCCACGAAGCCGGGGACAGCCAGCACCUUCCCGCCCGCGAUGCCACGGCCUUGAACGAUUUCCGGGCAAGGUGCCACGCCUUGGAUCUCGCCACGGUGCCCGAGCACGACUCCAAACAGCUCCCAGAGGGCUUCACCAACCUGCCUCCGCUCCCCCCGCCUCUGCCUCCUCCCCAGGACUACACGGGAGUGGUGAACAUGGCUCUAGACUCUGUGGGGAAACCCGGGGCCCGAGCGCCCGUGUACAGUCCCUAUGGCACCGAGCAGGGCCUGGGGCAGUGGGUGGUGCCUCCCCACAGCCAGUACAGGGCAAUGAGCUACUCGGCCUUCUCCACGGAGUACAACACACAGGGCGCUCCGGGACAUGCCCACGGGACCAUGGCGGAGUGGAGCCAGUACCCUCUGUUCCCCUACGCCUGCUGGUGAACGGGGAGGACCCUUCCCAGUGAAAAAACUGAGGGAAAACUGUAAAUGAGAUCAGAUUUGCUCUGGGGUGUUGGACUUCUGGAGCCUCGCCUGCACUAGGCAGAGGUAUUGCUGCAAGUGGUAGAAUGGGACACCUUCACUUCUUUGUCUCCUUGCACAACAACCUUCACCGUGUUUCACAAACAGUGGCUAAACUGGUGGCUGCCCCAGCUGUGUUACUGUGGAUCAGGCAGAAUAAAUGUCCUGCAGUGUCUUUUUUCCCAGCAGGAGUAGGAAACCACAGGAUCUCCCAAGGGCAGUAGUUAAAGAGCUGCUGAACUUACAGUCACAGGCUGUUUGCACCUCGUAUUUGGCAGUUUCCAAAAUCCCUUCCUCCCGGGACUUGAGGCAAGGAGAUAGGGGCUAAGGAGUUUCAGUAAGCUAUCCAGGUGGCACAAAAGCUGUAGACAAUAUUGCAAAGACAAGUGAAACAAAAGCAAUCCUGCUGACCUUUGAGCAGGUUCCUCAGUUAGUAUAGUCAAACUAAAGCUAGUCUUGCCUUUCUUCCAGCAGCAGAAGAGAGUAAAAUGUACAGCAAGGAGUGUCUGGAGCAUAGCAGUGGGUCAUGCAGGCAGGGAAGAGUUUGUUCCAUGCAGGAGAAGCAGCAGGAAGGCUGUGUGUUGUGUCUGCAUGUCCCUGUGCCCAUCCCUCCUCUGUCAGCCCUAGAUUCAAGGUCAGUGAAAUGCUCUUCUUUCUGCAAAGGUGGAGGGAGGUUGUUCCUGGAAUGUGCGGAGCUGCUCUGGGAGUUUCCAAGGUUGUCAGAAGCAGUGCUGUUGUUUAACUCCAACAUCUUUCUUUAGAGUGAAAGGAAAUCUUCUGCAGUGAACUUCUUCCUUCUCCCACACCCUGCCACCCCUGGAGAAUAUAAUUUAUAGUUGUGGUUCCUGUGCUACACUCUGAGUGUGUGAAGUCAUCUCACCACUGUUUGGGAAUUAAGAGGGAUCAGCUUCCAUGUUUAGUUACCAAAGUGGUUCCACCUCCCUCCUCUCUGGUCCCAGCCUGGGCAGGAGCCAGCAUGUGCCAUACAAGGAGGGUUUCCUUUCAUCUUCCUGUUAGAAGGGGGAAGCCUCCCUGUUUGCCUAAGUGGCAAAUGGCCCUGGCAAUGGGGUCUUCAGUGAGACAGGCUUUUUGCUUCUCAGGGAGGGUAGACAUGUUUCUCCCAGGCAACCAGCAAUAGGACAAGGGGACAUGGGCUCAAACUCUGUCAGGGGAGGUUUAGGUUAGAUG